ACUAUACUCACAGGCUUCGAGCCAGUACCAUUCACACUUCGCCCUGUUCUGCAAAGCAGACAGACUGAGUUCUUCUAAUUCCUAUGUUCCUUCUUUCCCAUCUCUCUAAAAUCCUUCUCUGAGGAAGGAACAGCUAUAGCUUUGGGGAUAAUAUAGCUUUAAGGAAACUUUUGGCAGAUGCGGACGUCCUAACAUCUGGGCAGUGUUAACAGAAUCCCGGAGGUCCAGGCAGACCAGGAGUCACUCGUUCUAGGAAUGUUAAAGUAGAAGUUUUAUUUAUUUAUUUUUUUCCAACUGAUGAGAGGAGCAGAAAGGACGGAGAAAGAGGAGGAGAAAGGAAGAGAGCACAAAAAAACCCAUAAAACAGAUCUCAUAUUUCUGCUUCCCCUCAUUUUUGGAAAUCUAUUGGUGACUGACUUCUGAAAGUCAUUCUCUUUUGCCCGGGUACUUUAGGCCUCAUACGUCUACUCUUGUCUCCCUAACCCUGCAUCUCAAGGAUGAUCAGUCAACUAACUCAAAGAGGAGCACUCUCUCUGCUGCUCUUCCUAACUCCAGCAGUGACACCAACAUGGUAUGCAGGUUCGGGCUACUAUCCAGAUGAAAGCUACAAUGAAGUAUAUGCAGAAGAGGUCCCACGGGCCCCUGCUUUAGACUACGGAGUCCCCCGGUGGUGUUAUACAUUAAAUAUCCAGGAUGGAGAAGCCACAUGCUACUCACCAAGGGGAGGAAAUUAUCACAGUAGCCUGGGCACACGUUGUGAGCUCUCCUGUGACCAGGGCUUUCGACUGAUUGGACGGAAGUCUGUGCAAUGCUUGCCAAGCCGCCGUUGGUCAGGAACUGCCUACUGCAGGCAGAUGAGAUGCCAUGCACUGCCAUUCAUCACUAGUGGCACUUACACCUGCACAAAUGGGGUUCUUCUUGACUCCCGCUGUGACUAUAGCUGUUCCAGUGGCUAUCACCUGGAAGGUGAUCGCAGCCGAAUCUGCCUGGAAGAUGGGCGAUGGAGUGGAGGCGAGCCUGUAUGUGUAGACAUAGAUCCCCCCAAGAUCCGUUGUCCUCACUCACGUGAGAAGAUGGCAGAGCCGGAGAAACUGACUGCUAGAGUAUACUGGGAUCCACCCUUGGUGAAAGAUUCUGCUGAUGGUACCAUCACCAGAGUGAUACUUCGGGGCCCUGAGCCUGGCUCUCACUUUCCUGAAGGAGAGCAUGUGAUUCGUUACACUGCCUAUGACCGAGCCUACAACCGGGCCAGCUGCAAAUUCAUUGUGAAAGUACAAGUGAGACGCUGCCCAACUCUGAAACCACCACAGCAUGGCUACCUCACCUGCACCUCAAUGGGGGACAACUAUGGUGCCACCUGUGAAUACCACUGUGAUGGUGGUUAUGAGCGCCAGGGGACCCCAUCCCGAGUCUGCCAGUCCAGUCGUCAGUGGUCAGGAUCACCACCUGUCUGUACUCCUAUGAAGAUUAAUGUCAAUGUCAAUUCAGCUGCUGGCCUUCUGGAUCAGUUCUAUGAGAAACAGCGACUCCUCAUCAUUUCAGCUCCUGAUCCCUCCAACCGAUAUUAUAAAAUGCAGAGCUCGAUGCUACAGCAAUCCAUCUGUGGACUGGAUCUGCGGCACGUGACCAUCAUCGAGCUGGUAGGGCAGCCACCUCAGGAGGUGGGGCGCAUCCGGGAGCAACAGCUGUCAGCCAACAUCAUCGAGGAGCUCAGGCAAUUUCAGCGCCUCACUCGCUCCUACUUCAACAUGGUGUUGAUUGACAAGCAGGGCAUUGACCGGGAACGCUACAUGGAACCUGUCACCCCUGAGGAAAUCUUCACAUUCAUUGAUGACUACCUACUGAGCAACCAGGAAUUGAUCCAGCGCCAGGAACAAAGGGACAUAUGCGAGUGAACUUGUACCAGGGCAUGAUUGAGGUCAAGAGAAAAAGCUCCCCUAGUUAGCUGAAACUAGAACCUAAUUAAAGGAGAAAAUGGUUUCCUACAGUUCUAGGGAUAGGACUCUGGUGUGGGUGAGGUGCGCCAAAUGCUUCGAUGUUUCCAGGCACCUUUUUAGGGCUGUGUAAUCAUUUCCCUAGAAGUUAGGUAGAGACUGAGGACAGGCACUGGGCAGUGGGUUUGGGGUAAAAGGCCUUCCUUUCCUAAACUGGUCUUUUGCUCAGCUCUCCAAUGUCUUUCAGAUAAGUAAAUCCUAAAUU